CUAAUCACGUGAUCACGUGACGCGCUCCAACAUGGCGGCGCCGUGGGGCCGGGGCGUCUCUUCCUGACUGGGCGGCGCGCACGGGGGUGGCCGGUGCCGGCCAGGAGGCCGGGCCCACAGUCCCUGUCGCCGGCUCGCUCGCGCCGCCAGCCCGCGGGGCUGCUAGCCUCCGCCGGGCCGGGGCCAUGCAGGAAAGCCAGACCAAGAGCAUGUUCGUGUCCCGGGCCCUGGAGAAGAUUCUAGCCGACAAGGAGGUGAAGCGGCCCCAGCACUCCCAGCUGCGCAGGGCCUGCCAGGUGGCGCUCGAUGAAAUUAAAGCUGAAAUAGAAAAGCAGAGGCUGGGCGCUGCAGCACCACCAAAGGCAAACUUCAUUGAAGCUGACAAGUACUUUCUUCCAUUCGAGCUAGCUUGCCAGUCCAAGUCCCCCCGAGUGGUCAGCACAUCCCUCGACUGCUUGCAGAAACUCAUAGCAUAUGGACACAUCACAGGCAAUGCCCCCGACAGCGGAGCCCCAGGGAAGCGACUGAUCGACAGGAUUGUGGAAACCAUUUGCAAUUGUUUUCAGGGCCCGCAGACAGAUGAAGGGGUUCAGUUACAAAUUAUUAAGGCUCUUCUGACUGCAGUGACUUCCCCACACAUUGAAAUUCAUGAGGGCACCAUCCUGCAGACAGUGAGGACAUGUUACAAUAUCUACUUGGCCAGCAAAAACCUCAUCAAUCAGACUACUGCCAAGGCCACCCUCACUCAGAUGCUGAAUGUCAUCUUUACCCGCAUGGAAUACCAAGUGUUGCAGGAGGCCAGGGAAUUAGAAAAACCAAUCCAGUCAAAACCCCAGUCCCCUGUGAUUCAAGCUGCAGCAGUGUCUCCAAAGUUCAGUCAUUUGAAACAGAGCCAGGCACAGAGCAAACCAACAACGCCGGAAAAAGCAGAUCUACCCAAUGGUGAACAUGCGAGGAACGACCCUGGGAAAGCGAGCUCGGAAAAUGGAGAUAUAUGCAGAGAAAGGGGCCCCUCGUUCUCAGGGUCUGAUGAUGGAGCCCAGGCAGUGGUGAAGGACAUUUUAGAAGAUGUGGUCACAUCUGCUGUCAAAGAAGCAACAGAAAAGCAUGGUUUGGUGGAACCCAACAGGCUCCUAGGUGGACUAGACUGCCAGGAAUGUGCCGUUCCCCCAGGAAUUGAUGAAAACUCACAGACCAAUGGCAUAGCAGAUGACAGGCAAUCCUUGUCCUCUGCAGAUAAUCUGGACUCUGAUGCACAAGGACAGCAAGUGGCUGCUAGAUUCUCCCAUAUUCUACAGAAGGAUGCCUUCCUGGUGUUUCGCUCCCUGUGCAAGCUGUCCAUGAAGCCCCUUGGGGAAGGCCCUCCAGAUCCAAAAUCCCACGAGCUGCGUUCCAAGGUGGUCUCCCUGCAGUUGCUCCUCUCCGUGUUGCAGAAUGCUGGCCCAGUCUUCAGGACUCAUGAGAUGUUCAUCAAUGCAAUCAAGCAAUAUCUCUGUGUGGCCUUGUCCAAAAAUGGCGUCUCUUCAGUGCCUGAUGUCUUUGAGCUCUCUCUUGCUAUUUUCCUUACUCUUCUUUCAAACUUUAAAAUGCACUUGAAAAUGCAGAUAGAGGUCUUUUUCAAAGAGAUUUUCCUGAACAUUUUAGAAACAUCCACAAGUUCUUUUGAGCACAGGUGGAUGGUCAUUCAGACGCUGACAAGGAUCUGUGCAGAUGCCCAGUGUGUUGUGGAUAUUUAUGUCAAUUAUGACUGUGAUUUAAAUGCUGCUAACAUUUUCGAGCGCCUAGUAAAUGAUUUAUCCAAAAUCGCUCAGGGAAGAAGUGGACAUGAGCUGGGAAUGACACCCCUGCAGGAGCUCAGUCUAAGGAAGAAAGGCCUGGAGUGCCUCGUGUCCAUUCUCAAGUGCAUGGUGGAAUGGAGCAAGGACCUGUAUGUGAAUCCGAACCACCAGACCAGCCUCGGUCAGGAGAGGCUCACAGAUCAGGAAAUGGGGGAUGGGAAAGGCCUUGACCUGGCACGACGGAGCAGUGUGACAUCCAUGGAAUCAACAGUGUCUUCGGGGACCCAGACAGCCAUUCAGGAUGAUCCAGAGCAGUUUGAGGUCAUCAAACAACAAAAGGAAAUCAUUGAGCACGGCAUUGAGCUCUUCAAUAAGAAACCCAAGCGGGGGAUCCAAUUUCUUCAAGAGCAAGGCAUGCUGGGAACAUCAGUUGAAGACAUUGCACAGUUCCUGCACCAGGAGGAGCGCCUCGAUUCUACCCAGGUGGGUGAUUUUCUGGGAGACAGCACCAGGUUCAACAAGGAAGUGAUGUAUGCCUAUGUGGACCAACUGGACUUCUGUGAAAAGGAAUUUGUCUCCGCCCUGCGAGCAUUCCUGGAAGGUUUCCGACUCCCUGGGGAAGCCCAGAAGAUUGAUCGGUUAAUGGAGAAGUUUGCUGCAAGAUACAUAGAGUGCAACCAAGGGCAAACCCUGUUUGCUAGUGCUGACACUGCGUAUGUCCUGGCAUAUUCCAUCAUUAUGCUCACUACAGAUUUGCACAGUCCUCAGGUAAAAAAUAAAAUGACAAAAGAGCAGUAUAUUAAAAUGAAUCGAGGAAUCAAUGAUAGUAAAGAUCUCCCAGAGGAAUAUCUCUCUAGCAUCUAUGAAGAAAUAGAAGGCAAGAAAAUUGCAAUGAAAGAAACAAAAGAACAUACGAUUGCCACCAAAUCUACUAAGCAGAAUGUAGCUAAUGAAAAGCAGCGGCGGCUGCUGUACAAUUUGGAGAUGGAACAGAUGGCUAAAACAGCCAAGGCUCUGAUGGAGGCUGUGAGCCACGCCAAAGCCCCGUUUACAAGUGCGACUCACUUGGACCAUGUCCGGCCAAUGUUCAAAUUGGUGUGGACACCGCUGCUGGCAGCCUAUAGUAUCGGUCUACAGAACUGUGAUGACACUGAAGUAGCGUCCCUGUGUUUGGAAGGCAUCCGCUGUGCUAUCCGAAUUGCCUGCAUCUUUGGAAUGCAGCUGGAACGAGAUGCCUAUGUUCAGGCCCUUGCUCGCUUCUCCCUGCUGACAGCCAGCUCCAGUAUCACAGAAAUGAAGCAGAAAAACAUUGACACCAUAAAGACACUUAUUACUGUGGCUCACACCGACGGCAACUAUCUUGGGAACUCCUGGCAUGAGAUCUUGAAAUGCAUCAGCCAGCUGGAGCUUGCUCAGCUGAUAGGAACUGGGGUGAAGACGCGCUACCUGUCUGGGUCUGGCCGUGAAAGGGAAGGCAGCCUGAAGGGCUACACGCUGGCAGGAGAAGAGUUCAUGGGCCUGGGCCUCAGUAAUUUGGUGAGUGGUGGAGUGGAUAAAAGGCAGAUGGCCAGCUUCCAGGAGUCAGUGGGUGAGACCAGUUCCCAGAGUGUGGUUGUUGCUGUGGACAGGAUUUUUACUGGCUCUACCAGACUGGAUGGAAAUGCAAUAGUUGACUUUGUCCGCUGGCUAUGUGCUGUUUCCAUGGACGAACUGGCUUCUCCGCACCAUCCUCGCAUGUUCAGCCUGCAGAAGAUUGUGGAAAUAUCAUACUACAACAUGAACCGAAUCCGACUACAGUGGUCCCGAAUAUGGCAUGUGAUUGGAGAUCACUUCAAUAAGGUUGGCUGCAACCCCAAUGAAGAUGUGGCUAUCUUUGCUGUUGACUCGCUAAGACAGCUCUCCAUGAAGUUUCUGGAGAAGGGUGAAUUAGCCAAUUUCCGCUUCCAGAAAGAUUUCCUGAGGCCUUUUGAGCAUAUUAUGAAGAAAAACAGGUCUCCAACCAUCCGGGACAUGGUGAUCCGCUGCAUUGCCCAGAUGGUGAAUUCCCAGGCAGCCAACAUCCGCUCAGGCUGGAAGAACAUCUUUGCUGUGUUCCACCAGGCAGCUUCUGAUCAUGAUGGGAAUAUUGUAGAACUGGCCUUCCAGACCACAGGCCACAUCGUCACAAGUAUCUUCCAGCACCAUUUCCCUGCAGCCAUCGAUUCCUUUCAGGAUGCUGUGAGGUGCUUAUCAGAGUUUGCCUGCAAUGCUGCUUUCCCUGAUACCAGCAUGGAGGCCAUCCGGCUCAUCCGCUUCUGUGGGAAAUACGUCUCUGAGAGGCCUCGGGUGCUACAAGAAUACACCAGUGAUGAUAUGAAUGUAGCUCCCGGCGACAGAGUCUGGGUCCGAGGCUGGUUCCCCAUCUUAUUUGAGCUCUCUCGCAUCAUUAACAGAUGCAAAUUAGAUGUGCGGACAAGAGGUCUCACGGUCAUGUUUGAGAUCAUGAAGAGCUACGGCCACACCUUUGAAAAGCACUGGUGGCAGGACCUGUUCAGAAUCGUGUUUCGGAUUUUUGACAAUAUGAAGCUUCCUGAACAACAGUCAGAGAAGUCUGAGUGGAUGACAACAACCUGCAAUCAUGCACUUUAUGCCAUUUGUGAUGUGUUUACCCAGUUUUAUGAAGCUUUGAAUGAAGUGCUGCUUUCUGAUGUAUUUGCACAGUUGCAGUGGUGUGUUAAGCAAGAUAAUGAACAGUUGGCUCGAUCAGGUACAAAUUGCUUAGAAAACUUAGUAAUAUCCAAUGGAGAGAAAUUCAGUCCCGAUGUCUGGGGUGAAACGUGCAACUGUAUGUUGGAUAUUUUCAAAACCACCAUCCCGCAUGUUUUGCUGACAUGGAGACCUGCAGGAAUGGAGGAAGAUUCAUCAGAAAAACAUUUGGAUGUGGACCUGGACCGCCAGUCUCUAAGCAGCAUAGAUAAAAAUGCCUCAGAGAGGGGCCAGAGCCAGCUCUCUAACCCGACUGACGACAGUUGGAAGGGUAGACCAUAUGCAAGGUUAUCUUUAUCAUUUAAUAUAGAUCAGAAACUGUUUGCCAGCCUCCUCAUCAAGUGUGUGGUCCAGCUGGAAUUGAUUCAGACCAUUGACAACAUUGUAUUCUACCCUGCAACCAGCAAAAAAGAGGAUGCAGAACACAUGGUCGCUGCCCAGCAAGACACACUGGAUGCAGAUAUCCACAUCGAGACGGAGGACCAGGGCAUGUAUAAGUACAUGUCUUCCCAGCACCUCUUUAAGCUGCUGGACUGCUUGCAGGAAUCUCAUUCAUUUUCAAAGGCCUUCAACUCCAAUUAUGAGCAGCGGACUGUCCUGUGGCGGGCAGGUUUUAAGGGCAAGUCUAAACCUAAUCUUCUCAAACAAGAAACCAGCAGCUUGGCCUGUUGUUUGAGGAUCCUGUUUCGAAUGUAUGUUGAUGAGAAUCGCAAGGAUUCGUGGGAUGAAAUACAGCAGCGACUUUUAACUGUGUGCAGUGAAGCUCUUGCCUACUUCAUCACAGUGAACUCUGAAAGCCAUCGGGAGGCCUGGACAAGUCUCCUUUUGUUACUUCUAACCAAAACUCUCAAAAUAAAUGAUGAAAAGUUCAAAGCACAUGCUUCAAUGUACUACCCCUACUUGUGUGAAAUUAUGCAGUUUGACCUGAUUCCUGAGCUCCGAGCAGUUCUGCGGAAGUUCUUCUUACGGAUAGGUGUUGUGUAUAAGAUAUGGAUUCCAGAAGAGCCAGCGCAGGUACCAGCAACAUUGUCACCAGUGUAGUAGCCCUGAAGGCCACUGCUGCAGCUCUGCAGAACACUCAUCAUGCCAUUUCUGACUGCCCUGUCUUGUGAAGGUCACACAGAAGCAAGGAGCUGCCAUCUUGGAUCUUAGAAUGUCCUAGAUAAGGUCAGCCUCUGUGCUGGCCCCAUCAAAGUUCCCAACGACUAAGGCUUGUGGUAUUUCAUUAAACUGUUGCAUACCCAGUUAAUAUAAUAGGUGGAGAAUCUGUUCCACUCAUCAUUCCAUUUUAUUGAUUAAACUGUUCACUCUGUCAUUGCAAAUGCCAUUAUUUCCAAGGAGAGUCUCUUGAUUGGCUGUGAAUGUUUUGUCAGAGGAAGUCAUUCUCCUUGAAAAUACUGAACAUAGCUGUAUAGCUUCAUGAUUAUUAGACAGUAUGUUAAUAAAAUUUCUUGUAAUGGCUGCCACCUAAAAUAUGCCGGGUAUUUGUUGUUGUUUGAGUGUGUUGAAGAUAUUUGAGUGUUUUUGUCAGUUAUGAAUCAGCCAUAAUUAUAUUAGUCUGGGAAAAGGUAGGAAAAAGAUUGUCUUUAUGUUUUGUUGUAUUAAUGUGAGUGAUUUUUAAAAAGUAUUUUACAAAAAGACACUGAAGAUUUAAUUGAAGGCAGCAUUUAGUAAUUGUUAGAAUUAAGAGCUUGCAAGGUUUAAAAAAAAUUGUGCCUCACAGCACUUCUUGUUUUAGUAACUUGGGAAGAAAAGGCUAUAGGAAAAAGUAAACAAGUUCAUGAAACAAGUUCAUGACUAGCCUUCCUUGAAGUAAGUAUUUGUGGAUGGGUGUUCAAUUAAAAUUUCCAGAAUACAUUAUCCAUCUCGCACUCUGAAAUCUAAUAUAGGAAGUAGUAAUGAAAAUGAAGUAGUAACUGCCCAGAGUUCAUUCGCCUUUGAGUAAACCAUUUUAUUUACCUCAGAAGAAUGAGUGUACGGAUAGUAUCGCUGCUUUGCACAGUCCCCAUUAAAGGGACCUCCAGAGGGAGGGACAGUAACUUCAUGAGAAGUGUUGCUCCUGAGGUCACCUCACCAAGGAUCAUGGUAGAACCAGAGCUGCCGUGGGGCCAGCACAGCUGAACUGUGACAGCGGCAGGAGAUGCUUAGCACUCCUGUUAUUUCGGAACCGAGGAGCUCAGUUCUUUGUCCAGAUUAGAUCCUGGGAUCCUUACGAUGUUUCCGAUGGUGCAAUACUCGGAAUUACACUAGAGGCAUUCUCAUGCAGCUCAUGUCUGAAUGGGCAGUGUAGGAGUACGGCAGUAUACUUGGAAGCUUAAUUUAUUCUGAGUCCACAAAAAAGAAAACACGCUUUAUUCUUGGCCCUCAUCCACUGCUCAGGCAGAGCAGACCAAGUGUUAAAAAGUGUCACACAGAGUGAUGAAAACAUUCAAACUUCUGCUACAGUCUAGUUCUGAAAAUUGGGUUGUAUUGAUGUCAACUCUGGUGCCUUAGAAGUCAGUAGUUUGGGAAUCUAUCUGUAAAAUCAGAUAUUUUUUCUUUCUGCAGAAGGAUUUCUGGUGCUUUUGCUUAUUACUAAGAGACUGAUUUCUUAAGUUUUUUGUUGUAAUUAACAGCCUUGAAAAGUGUUUGGUUUUGCCCAGCAGUACUCUUACCUACUUUUUUUCUUGCCCAAAAAGUGUUUUAAUUUCUCUACCAAAGAAGAAAAUCAGGUUUAGGUUUUUAUUUUAUUUACAAACAUUAGAUAGAUAAGAGGACCUAUGUAAUGUAGCAGGAACGGACCCAGGGAGAAUGUUUUACCAUGAGUGGAGUGUAAGAACAUUUGACUCACUUGUCCUGAAUCCAUCACAUCUUUAUGCUGCACCCUGACACCUGCACCUAAGAACUGCCCUGGUAUUGUCUUCUGUCACUGCCCAGCAAGCCCAUUGUCUUCACUGCAAGCUUUUUGUCAAAGGUUUAGGUGGAGAGCAGGCAUGUGGGUUCAUUGAGUGCGUCUUGCAUACAGCUACCCCCUGGGUUGGUGAUUUUUCCUUUCUUUCUAAGGUUCUCAUGUAGCAUUUGCUCAUCACAACUUUCCAGUGUCGUCCUAGCUUCUAAUUUUUGCCUGUUGCAGGACAGGAAAUGUGUCAGUAUGUUUUUAUUACUUGCUGAAAUAGUCAAGCUUAAAUUUCUUUUUAAUUUUGUCUUUUAAAAAAUUAAGUUUUUGAGUGAGGCAUUUUAAUUGCAAAGCAAUGAAUCUUUAAAAAACGAAUGAACAUUUGAGUGGCAGAGGCAGGAGGAUCACUAGGAGUUUGAGGCCAGCCCGGGAUACAUAGUUCAAGGCAGCUUGAACUACAUAGUGAAACCUUGUCUCAAAAAGGGGAUUGCAAAGAGGCUUAGCUCAGCAGCACAAGCACCUGCCUGGCAAGUGUGAGGUCAUGAGUUUGAUGCCCAGGACAAAAAAAAAACUUGGAUGUAAAAGCAUUCAAGCUAAUUUUUCUUGUCGGUGGACAGUAGGAAACAGAGGAAAUUCCUGACCUCCAGUAAUAAGCCAUUCAGGCUAAAUCCUUUUUUGCGAAUCUGUUUCUCAUGGUAAAUGCGGCCUAAGCCACUGGAACACUAGUGAAAAGGGUGUGUGCAGCUCUGCGGCAUUGGGCCGAGACACUGUCUCACAAGUGACAGAGGCAGCAGCGCGAAGCCUUUUCCAGGCCUUGUUUCUGUCUUGAAAUGCUUUCAGUGUUGACUGUGUUCGCUGGGUCUCUAGAGAAGUUUUUGUUAUGAUACUGCUGCUUUGAACAACUUUAUGUUUCUUCGUUGUCUGUGAGGGAAAUCACCAGCUUUGGCAUCUUAACAACAAACAUGGGAAGUUUCAUUUCUAAAGUGCACCCUCAGAGUCAAAUACACUUUUUCCUUGUGCUCCUUAUGUACAACCAAAGAACAUACAUUAUAAAGAUCGUAUAAUAUCUGAAAACAACAUUUUCUCUAACAGGUGACUUUUGUACAAAAUACAAAAUUAAACCACCUUUUUUUGUUCUUUUGUGACUAUGACUAUUAAUAAUCUUUGCAGUUAUUAACAGGACCUGCUGACAAGUGCAGAUGUGACCAUCUCAUUCACAUGUUUGUUGCUAGGAUACAGGUGGAUAUUGGUUUCAGUAGAAGCUGGAUCCUCAAUAAAUUCUGUUGUAAUAUUUGUGUUAAGGUAGGCACAGCUUGAACUCACAUGAAAUCCUAGAGUUUUGCUACCAGCAGCUUUGCAGUUUGGGAAACAAAGAAACCAAAGCUGAAUAUUUUAAAGAAUGACUGUAUCUGGAAAAGACACUCAUCAAAGAUGUAGUCUCUCUCAGUGUUCUAAUUUUAAAUUUUUUAUCUGCAUAUUUGCAUCAAAUACUUCUUUAUGUGCAAAAUGUAUGUUUUACCUCCUUAAAAUGCCUAAAAAUUAGUUACUAGCUACUUUGAUUUAAUCUAUACAUAAUGAUUAAGUGCAUUUAAUAUUGGUAAUUUAAUGAAAAGCAUUCCUUGCCCAGUGGAUGUAUACAUUUUUGAAAGAAUAAAGCAGAAUUAUAUAAUAUGAAAUGCUAUGUAAAGUUUUCUAUGUAAAAAUAAUAUGUAUAAUACUGUUAAAAUAUCCCAUGCUUUGAUCAAGGUGGUAAAUUAAUAAAGUUUUAAAAAGUAAA